ACUUUGUAUGUUUACAGGUUUCCUAGCAUAUAUAUAUAGUUGUGGAUUCGUUGCUCAAACAAACCCAAAAAAGAGUACAGAGAUCAGAAAGAAGUAAUGGCGGCGACCAUCUUGAAGAACACUAUUUUCUUGGUGUUGCUCUUUGUUGCCUGCAUGACAAAGGAAGCCUUGGCAGCCCAACAUGUUGUUGGAGGAAGCCAAGGUUGGGAAGAAUCCACAGACUUCAACUCAUGGGCAUCAGGCCAAAAGUUCAAAGUUGGCGACCAACUUGUUUUCAAGUAUGCAUCAGGGCUGCACAGUGUUGUUGAACUUGCUAGUGAGAGUGCCUACAAGAACUGCGACAUUGGUAGCGCCCUGGACUCCAAGAACAGCGGCAGCGAUGUUAUCAAGCUAAACAAGGCCGGCACAAGGUACUUUGCUUGUGGCACAUUAGGCCACUGCAACCAGGGCAUGAAAGUAAAGAUCACGACAAUCACUGGGAAUGCACCCUCUUCUCCUGCAUCACCUUCAUCUUCAACUUCUGAUGCUUCUGCUUCCAGAUCUUUUGCUUCCAUUGUCUUGGCUGUGGCAUUACUGGUCACCCCUUUGAUUUACUUGUUUUAAGCUAGCGAUUUGGAGGCUGCAUGGUUUUGUCACUACCAGUGAAUUAAGUACUGUUUGGUUUGAUAUUUAUGGGAUUUGACUGUAGUCAGAAUUAAAGGAAGUUGUUUGAGCUGGAAAACAAAGUAAUCAUAUUCACGGAUACAUGGUUUGAUAUUUGUGAUUGAAUGAAGAGGUGAAUAAAAAUGGAUUGGAUAUCUCUUA